AGCUCAAAAAAGAUAUGUCAACGUUCUCACACUCGGUACCUCAGAAUGUGACCUUAUUUGGAAAUAGGGUAAUUGUAGACGCGAUGAGUUAAGCUGAGGUCCUGCUGGAGUAGUGUGGGCCCUGAAUCCAAUAUAAUUUUUGUCAUUGUAACAAAGAAUACCAUGUGAAGAGACAGAGAUGCACAGAAGAAGACAGCCAUAUGAAGAUGGAAGCAGAGGUUGGAGUUGCACUGUCACAAGCCAAGAAAUGCCUGAGGCCACCAGAAGCUGAAAAGAGGCAAGAAUAAUCCUCCCCAGAGGUGUCAGAGGGAGCAUGCCUCUGCUGGUGCCUUGAUUUCAACCUGUAUACAGCCUGCAGAACUGUGAGACAAUACAACUCUAUUUUCUUAAGCCACCCGGUCUGUGGUACCUGGUUAUGGCAGUCCUAGGAAACUAAUACACCUAUGGAAGUGCACUGUGUUUGGGAGGAUGGGCAUGAGAAUGUGUUAUGUGCACUUUUGCUGCCAACCAACACCACAGCUACAGAACUAUUCAAGCCUUUGAAUGAUCACAUAUCAGAAAAACUGAAUUGGUCAUUUUGUGUCAAUAUGUGCAUGGACAGAGUUGCUACCAUGACUGGAUGGCUUUCGGGUUUCACUACUUGGAUCAAAGAGGUAGCUUCUGAAUGUGGAACUCUUAUACAGUGCCUCCCUCAUGUGUGGUGAAGAUUAAUUGAAGUCAUGUUAUUACCAGAUGGGAAGCAUUUGACAUGGUGCCAGGAACAUUCAAACAGAGAGAUAACCAAUUGGCUGGCAAAGUAACAAAUGAAAAGUAACCUGACUCUAUUGACCCGCUUAACCCUGCACAGGGGGGAAGGAUGGAAAUGAGCAGCUGUUUGCUUUGAAACAGUGGAACAGUUUUGCAGCCUUAGAAAAUGGCAUGUAACGUACCUAACCAAAGACAGCGGACUCUGUCAACAACAGGAGAAGCUCUAUACGAAAUUCUUGGUCUGCAUAAGGGAGCAUCAAAUGAAGAAAUUAAGAAAACCUACAGAAAAUUGGCCCUGAAACACCAUCCAGACAAGAAUCCAGAUGAUCCAGCUGCUACUGAGAAGUUUAAAGAAAUCAACAACGCCCACGCAAUACUUACCGACAUCUCAAAGAGAAGCAUAUACGACAAGUACGGAUCGCUGGGACUCUACGUAGCUGAGCAGUUUGGAGAUGAAAAUGUUAACACCUACUUCAUGCUGUCCAGCUGGUGGGCAAAGGCCCUGUUUGUCAUCGUUGGCCUCUUGACAGGCUGCUAUUUUUGCUGCUGCCUGUGCUGCUGCUGCAACUGCUGCUGUGGGCAUUGCCGGCCCAAGUCAUCAGUGCCAGAAGAGGACUUCUAUGUGUCCCCAGAGGAUCUGGAGGCACAGAUCAAAUCUGACAUGGAAAAAGAUGUGGACUUUCCAGUUUUUCUCCAGCCUACAAAUGCAAAUGAGAAAACACAGCUAAUCAAAGAAGGAUCUCGAAGUUACUGCACAGACUCUUGAUAUUGAGCCCUCUGAGAGUCCACAGUCCUUCCUCUCAGUUCAGUCUUGUUUCCAGAUGGUCGUAGGGGAGCGUGUGGGGCAUAAAGUGCUGUGAACUUUUCCAUCUUGGUAUUUUAUUUUUGGGUUAGGAAAACAUGAUUGCUAUAUAAUUUUCUCAGUUUGCGGACUUUCUCUCUGAGUAGAAUUUCUUAUGAAACACAUUCAAUUUGGGUGAAUAAAGGCCUAAAGAGUUAUUUUAUGCUCCUUGCCUGAUGUAGGACAGUGGAAUUGUACAGCCUUUAUGAACCUGCCCUUUAUGUGAGGCAGAUCUGAUUCCUAACUGACCAAAGUAAUAUUCCAGAACAGAAGCCACUUUUCUUCCAUGUAGCACAAUAUUCAUCUACCACAAACAUCAUCAUCAAAAUAUAUGAGAACCUAUAAAGAGUUUUUGUGUGUGGAGCCUCUUCCAUGUCAAUAUUCAAUAAAGUUAUAGAAAUGUUUCAAGAG